GCGCCGUGGACGCCGACGCGGGCGCUGCGGAAAAGGAAGAGCUAUUUUAAGCGAUGUGGACACAUCAUGGAGACGCUUGAGAGGGAACACAUGAAGGAGUUGGCGAAAGAACGCGCGAUCGUACCGUUUCGACCGGGAGAUGUGGUGAAGUUGACGCUCGAAGUGCCGGAGAAUAACAGGCGCACGCAGACGUUUACGGGGAUUUGCAUCGCCAAGCGGCACAGAGGGAUGGGAUCUAGCUUUACCUUGCGAAGCGCGAUAGGAAAUCUCGUCGUCGAGCGGUCGUUUCCGCUGUUCACGCCGAAUAUUAAGGCGAUGGAAGUCGUCGAGCGUAGGAAAGUGCGCAGAGCAAAGCUUUAUUACUUGCGAGACAAG